CUGGGAUAUUCGCGGGCUGGCGCAUGCCAUCCGCAUGCUCCUGGAGUUCACGGAUACAGCCUAAGAAGAGAAAAGAUACACGUGCGGGGAAGCUCCGGACUAUGAUAAAAGCCAGUGGCUGGAUAUGAAAUUCAAACUAGACCUGGACUUUCUUAACGUAGGUGGCUUUAGGAGAAGAGGGGACAGAAACAGAAGAGAAGGCCUUCAACUGCCCUAUCUCAUAGACGGUAAGAACAAGAUCACCCAGAGCAACGCCAUCUUGCGCUAUAUCGCCCGCAAGCACAAUAUGUGUGGUGAGACUGAAGAAGAAAAGAUUCGAGUGGACAUGAUGGAGAACCAAAUAAUGGAUUUUCGCAUGCAGCUGAUACAACUCUGCUACAACCCUGACCACGAAAAACUGAAGCCUCAGUACUUGGAACAGCUACCUGGACAACUGAAACAGUUCUCCUUGUUCCUGGGGGAAUACUCAUGGUUUGCAGGAGAAAAGCUCACCUUUGUGGAUUUCCUCACCUAUGAUGUGUUAGAUCAGAACCAUAUCUUUGAGCCCAAGUGCCUGGAUGAAUUUCCAAAUCUGAAGGCUUUCAUGUGCCGUUUUGAGGCCUUGGAGAAAAUAGCUGCCUACAUGCAGUCUGACCGCUUCCUUAAGAUGCCCAUCAACAACAAGAUGGCCCAGUGGGGCAACAAGAGAAUAUGCUGAGCAGGAGGCAUACUUGCACUGCUUGUUUUGUUCCAUCCUGUCCCUAGGGGACCUGUACUUUCUCUGCUCUGCUCUUUUCAAUAAAUAGCACUGAGGCUA